AUGACAUGAAUGAGGCAAAGUAUAGAGCCAGCAGACAUUAAUUUGUUCUUGGAAAGAAAUCUUAAUUAAUUUGUAUGUAAUGUCAAAGUAUAAAAGAAGUUAUGAUUUAAAAAAAUCUAGAGCAGGUCAAGAUGGUCAGUUUAAGGACGGAAUUAUAAAAAUCUCGGAAACAAAUUUUGCUAACAGCACUCAAGGAUCAAACUCUUUUGACCAGCAACUGCCUACUGUUGAUAAGACACGAUCGAAUUCCAGCAAUGACAGAACAUGUACAGCGACACCAGUUGUAGACACAAACGAUAACGAGGACUGCACAUUAAAUGAUUGCUGUUGUUCCGAUCUGAAAUCCCAGAAUGAUAUUUAUGACGUAUUUAUCUAUUCACCACAAACUACUCUAGUAAGUACGGAGAUUAUAACAGCACUUCGUACUAAACACAAUUUUCUGUGUUGUGAUUCGAGAUCUUUUAUCCCAGGCGAAACCAGAUUGGACAACUUUGGAAAUUGCUUAGACAGUUCAAAACAGCUAAUUCUUGUAAUUUCUCCAGAAUUUUUGAAAUGUGAAAUAAGUAUGUAUUUCACGCACAUGGCCGUGGUAUAUAGAAUGACCAAUAAGCAGAAAACGUACCGGAUUUUAGUGAUAUUGGACGGAGUUAAAACAAACAACUUACCAAACACAAUCAAACCUCUUACCUGUUUUAGUACCAAACAAAAGGACUGGUUUCGUUCAUUACUGCGAUUUGUGAGAGGUGAAGAUUAUGGUAAUGUCCCGCAGCUCCACGUAACCACUACUGAUACAGCUAUGUCUGAUCCAUUACCUUUAAGAGAUAUACCAGCUUCUGUAAAGAAGAACAGCCAGAUGUUAUUGAUGAGAUUGAAAUUAGAAUCACCAAUGACCGAAGAACAAGAACAGCUUUUGUUAAAACCAAUUGAGUGUGAUAAUGUGGAUUAUAAAUCCAAUAUGAAGUAUUUUCACCGUUUAAAAGCUGACGAUAAACCAGUUUAUGAAAUCAUUGAGACAUUUAAAAGCCAGAAAGUGAGAGUGCAUUCAGGGGACAUUGUUGAAGUGCUGAAUUUUACAAAAUGUAAGAAAAGAGUAAUAAUUCAAAAUGCCAAACGAAGAACGAUGGCAAUUCGAGCAUCAUUACUCUCACCGGUUUUAUCCGAAAUGCCGUCUAUUGUGACCAAUAAAUUAGCCAGUCCGAUAACAGAGAGUCAAAACGCACACUUUAUGGAAGAAUUAAAAUAUCUGGGUUGUAGAAUUGUCAGGGCAAAAGAUACAAUACUGACCCAUGACAAUCAGCUGAAAAUAAACCCCGGUGACAUCUUGCGACUUCUAGAAAAAAUGGAAGGUGACAAAUGGAUUCGAAUAAUGAACUUCCGGUGUCAGACCGGAAUAGUAGAUAAAUCCACAUGUGAAACAGUCGUGAUCUAAUUUAAUGACGUCAUUGAUCUAAAUUCAUGAAUAAAAAUCAUCUUCAAACACGCCAUGACAUUUAUUAAGCAGCCCAUUAUCAUAGGCAUAAACACGCCGACCUUCUGUCAUCCUCGGUAUCCCCCAGUGGUAAAGUAGAACGGAGUGGUAGCCCUGGGAAUAUCGCGGAUGACCUUUUUGGCGCCUACAUUUCAUAUAGGUGUAUUUUGUUAAUGUUAUCACCAUUAUAAGCAUGUCUGUUUUAAUUUAUUUCUGAAAAAAGUUGGUUUUGGUCAGCUAAUAAGAAGAAACCAUUUCAAAAUGGAGAGUCCGGCAUCUUUUCUACACGAAAUUAAUGUCCCUGGUAUCGAAACUUUAUAAAACUCUGCGGUGUAUAUAGUUUCAUAUGGCAUAUCAUUUAAUUAUCGGGAAGCGAUGGCCAUUAUGCCCAUAUAGAAAACUGAAACGCAAACAAAUGCAGCUAUAUAUAUGUUUAGGACUUCAACAAGAACCAACGUGCUUACAGCACCAUUACUGUCCAGUCUCGUGGGUUUUCUCCGGGUCCUCCGAUUUCCUCCCACUGCUAAAGACCCCUAUGCGCAAGCGAAUUAUUGAAAUGAAAUUGAACAAUAUGUUAGUACCGAAAUGACCUAGUUUGUUUCGAGAGGACGUUAAAUGUACCAUUUUAAACAAUGUCUUCUGUCUAUAUGUAUUUAAUAGCAAUUAAUAUCUCGACUUUUUUCGAAUUUCUAUUGUAAUAAAAUUGUUAUUUGCAUCAUGUAUGCUGUAUGUAAGGGUAAUUGUUAUUUGCAUCCUGUAUGUAUGACGACACAUUUCUUCCAAGAUGACAGCGAUGACG